CUCCUCCUCCUCCCGCCCCGACGGUGCCGAAGCCCGGGGGAGGGCGCCGAGAACCGCCGUCGCCACCGAGACGGCGCCCGAUUCCUUCCCCAACCCCCCCCGCCCCCACCAGCCCCGGCACGAGCCCGGACCCCCAACUCGGUGGCCCGGUGGCCACCCCCCCCCCCCUUCCAAUUAACGGCGUUAAUUAGGGCGGGGCCGCCAUGCCGAAGGGGCCGCGCCCGGCCGAGCGCUACCGCCUGAAGUACAGCCGCUUACGGCGGGCGGCCCGAGCCCUGGUCUUCGAGAACGGGGCCCUCUGCGACGAGGUGGCUCGUUUGGAAGCCAAGUGGCUACGAGCCCGGGAAGAGCGGCGCUUCCUCCUGGCCCGACUCCUCCGUUUCCGAGCCCUCGCCGGCCCCGAGGAAGCCAUCGGCGGCAUCGACGGCAGCGGCGGCGGCGGCCGACGGGCUCGAAGGGGAGGGAAAGACGGGGCUCGCGGCCCCGGGGCGAGGGCUAGCGGGCAACGAGAGGGGCCGCGGGAGGAGGCGAGGGCCAGCGGGUCGAGGCCGGUUGGGUCCCGGGACGAGUGGAGGCCGCCGGGGCAACGAGACGGGCAACGGGACGAACGGAAGCCAUCGGGGCAACGAGACGGGCAACGGGACGAACGGAAGCCAUCGGGGCAACGAGACGGGCAACGGGACGAGCGGAGGCCGCCGGGGCAACGAGACGGGCAACGGGACGAGCGGAGGCCGCCGGGGCAACGAGACGAGCCGCGGGCAACCGGUUCGAGGCCUUUUGGCUCCCGGGAUGGGCCCAGGCCACCGACGGUCGGCGCCGGGCUACGGCCGGGGCCCAGAGAAAUUUCGAAGCCACCCGGGCAACGAGAAGAAGCCAAAACCGAGCCCAAGGCCCUGGGCUCGCGACCGAGCCCGAGAGACGAUUCCAAAGGGGAAACGCCGCCGUCGGCCAUCUUGAAGCCGCCGGAAGAUUCCCCUAGCCCAAGCGGGCCAGCGGCGGCCCCUUGGAGGCCGGCCCCUCGACGGCGGGGGGGGGGGACCCCUUCGCCCUUGAGCUUGGGGCCGGCGCGGGUGCAGGGGGCGGGGGGGCCGGCGGCCGCUUUGCCCGGGGGCUACCGCGGCACCCGCCUCUACGCCGCCGAUGGCCGCCGCCGCCGCCGGCCCCACCGCCGCCUCUACGCUUGCCGGGUGGGGGCCGGUCCCCGGGGCGAGAUGGUGGCCGAGGAGGAGGAGGAGGAGGAGGAGGAGGAAGAGGAGGAGGAGGGGGAGGAGGAAGAGGAGGAGGAGGAGGAGGAAGAGGAGGCCGGCAAAGCAAUGGCGGGCCCUAGGCCCGAGGCCUGUCAUGGCGGCCUCCCGCAGGCCCCGGGGGAAGAAGGCCGGGAGGCGGUUGCCGGGGCCGGCAACGAGUUCUUCGGCCUCGGCCACCCCCUGGUGCGGCGGCUGGUGCUGCGGGGGGAGGCCGGGGCCUUCCUCCACCCCACGGCGGCGGCGGCGGAGGAGGAGGAGGAGGAGGAGGAAGAGAACGAGGAGGAGGAGGAGGAGGAGGAGGAGGAGGAGGACGAGGAGGAGGAGGAGGAAGAGGAGGAGGAGGAGGAGGAGGAGGAAGACGGGGCCGCCCCGGCUUUGGCCUACGCCGACGUCUUCCUCGGUAGCCCCGCGGGCUCCGACGGGUGACCCCCAAAUAAAGGACCCCCCCCCCCCCCUU